AUGCAAUCUGCCCAUGUUCAUGUGUUGAUUAACUACGUUGAAGUUAAACCAUAUCUUGAGGCAUUUAGUACUUACUAUUAUCAAAGCACAGACGAACAACCAUCAACUGGUUACAUACAUACCUAUUUUACAGCAUGGUUCAAGCAACAAUUAUCAUGUAUUGUUGCACUAAGUCCUGAAAUAAUACAUUUGAGAAAAAAAAUUCCACCCAAGAAAAAUGCCUCCCAUCAAAAGCCUCUUCGCAGCAGGUACAUUAUAGAGGAGGUGCCUGAUUCAAAUUUGUUUAUUCCUAUGCCACAAUCAAGUCAAGUGGCAAAUCAUCCUACUCCACCUACUAUGCAUCCUACUCCACCUCCUAUGCAUCCUACUCCACCUCUUAUGCAUCCUUCUCCACCUAUGUCUGCAUCUUUCACUGGAUUACUAUCCACACCUCUUGGAUGCACACCAUUCUCGCCCAUAUCCCUGACAACUUUUAUUAGUCCUACUGAAUACACACCAUAUUUUACUACUGGACCCAGUACAUAUUUUCCUAUGCCUUCCAUGCAGUCGAGUGGACCCAUUCAUAUGGAGUUAGGUGGAUCUAACAUGCCCUGA